AGCAUGUCUUCCUCACCACGCACCUGGAACUUCAACACCGACCGCUACCUCAACCGCCUCAUACCCCCCUCGCCCCUUCGUAGCAUCCCAUAUCCAAUAGCACACUUCCUCGGCUACCGCAGAACGCCUCCAAAAGACGUCGGGAACAUACUCGGCGCCGUCUUCGCCUUCAUAGGUGCAUUCGUAGGCCUACUCGCGAUAGCUGGCCUCUUCAACUACACUGCCCUCAAAGACUUAGAUGGCCCAGGCGCUUCCGCAAUUCUAGAAUACAACACCCUCUCCUCCCCCUUGGCUCAGCCCCGCAACACCCUCCUAGGCCACGCCCUCUCCGCUACCAUCGGCGUGGGAAUCACAAAACUAUUCGCUCUCUCCUCCCUGUCCCACUCCUUCUCCCAUAGCCUCGCCUACAUCCCAGCCGCCCUCGCAUGCGCCCUCUCCUCCGCUGCCAUGCUGUUGACUAAUACCGUCCAUCCGCCUGGUGGCGCCAGCGCUGUCCUCGCCGCUACGCUCCCCGAUGUCAUAAACAUGGGCUGGCCCUUUGUCGGCCUCGUCACGCUCGGCAGCGCGGUUAUGCUCGCUGUCGGGCUACUAACGAACAAUCUCAUGCGGCGCUUUCCGGUGUACUGGUGGACGCCGGAUGAUCUGAGAGGCGGCCGGGAGGAGGAGGGGGAUGUGGAGAAAGAGGGAGAAGAGAGGGCUGCGGUGACGGUGACGAGGGAGGGGAUGCAGGUGCCAGAGUGGUUGGUGUUGGAUGUGGAGGAGAUGGGGCUGUUGGAGAGGUUGAGGGAGAGGCUAAGAGGGGGCAGGGUUGAGAGAAGGGUGUCUGGGGCGAGUAGUGCGCAGUGUAGUGUUGUGUCGAGUCAUGAGGAGGGCGUGAUUUGGGGGUUGGCGGGGAGUUCGAGUGAGGAGGGAGUUUUGAGGGGGAGGGAAGAAGUUUAG